AUGUCGAGACAAGGCAAACGGACGCGACAGCUCCUGUGGGCGCUCUUGAUAGCCACUAGCAUCUCUAGAACCCACGCGCAGAGUUCCUCGUCCGCCGCGUCCGUGACCACAGCGGAGACGCUAGCGCAGGAAUGGUUUACUGAUAAUUUCGACGAAAAUGAGACGCAACUGGCGGUGGGAGUGAAUUCAGCACUGAAGAAUCUCACAGACAGCGAUGUCAUUUGCUACGGCGUUCCCUCAGUGCAGCGCCGCACAAACGAGGAAAGUCCGAACGGAGGAUGCCCAGAAAUCUACACGGCUGUGAACGCUUCAUGCUCGUGCUUGACGAGUGGGUACUCGGACACGGGUACGUGGGAGUUCCACGUCGCGUUCAGGACCGACGAAGGCAGCGAGAAAUAUCCAGCAGAACUCACGUCAUCAGAUAUUUUAGCCAUCGACUCUAUCCGCACUCUAUUGGUUCCGUCCACUCUUACAACGCUGCGGCUUGUUGGAGAGGGAACAUACCCGCAAACUAUCACGUUCGUACCACAGGACCAGGGCUUACCGGGGUCGACAUUACCGAUCGCACAAGUGGAGGACGGAUCUAUUGGGAUUACUACAGUCUCGCUGGAGAAUAUUGAUAUGUCCUCGAUCACCCAGAGCGUAUCGACGUUUUACCCUUCGUCGACGACGAACGUCACGCUUAGAAACUGUAAUAUGAUCAAAUUUGGAUAUGAUUUCUUCGAAGGUGUGGACAACGUGCGAUAUUUGGAUAUGUCUUCAAACCACUUGACCGCUGCCUACGUUGGCUCAUCGAUCGCUCACACUUGCUCAAACCAAUUCUGUGCAGUGGAAGUCUUAAACCUUACCAACAACAGCAUCUCAACCUUCCCUACUGUGGUCUUCAAUGUCGACAACUUGCAGGAAUUAUACAUCGCUGACAACGACAUAACGGAUUUUAACAUUAGCUCGACAGUUUUCAGCGCGAUUCAAGCUUUAGUAGCGUUCGACUCUGAUCUUCCAGACGAAGCCUCCACUUGCACUCAUGGAACGUGGCAAACUGCCCACAAUCGCAAAUUUUGCGUCACCAAUGGCAGCACAGCAGCGAACACGACUUCAAGUGACUCGAACUCCUUGACUAUCGGCUUGGUGGUUGGAGGCUGUGCUAUUGUGAUCAUCGCUGUUGCAUUGGUCGCCUGGUGGUAUUUAUCCCACAAAAAGUCCCAUCGCAUGUCUUCUUCGAAGGAUGACUUUUACUCACAAGAUUUCGGUGAUACUCUCGACUUCGACGAUACUCAAGUGCAAGUGGAUCCAGUCUUCCUCAAUGACCCUGUGAUUGUCACAAACCGUCUGGACCAUAAACUGUUAAAGAUGGGUAGAUGUAUCAGCAAAGGUGGCUUCGGUUUAGUGUUCAUGGGCGAAUAUAAAGGUCGUCGUGUGGCUAUCAAGAAAAUCCGACCGGACCGUAGCGUUACUACUGCGGAGAUUGAGACGUUCCUCAAAGAAAUUAUCAUGAUGGCGGUGCUGUAUCAUCCGCGUAUCGUGGAAUUUAUCGGCGUGGCUUGGGAUAAUCUAAGAAAUUUAUCUGCCGUCACGGAGUUCAUGGAUAAUGGAGAUCUACGCGAAGUGCUACACGGAUAUAAACUGAAGGGAGAACGGCUCUCCUGGGAGUCACACAAGGCCACGAUCGCGCUGCAUAUUGCUGAGGCGUUGUCGUAUCUUCAUGCUCUGAAGCCCAAGAUUAUCCACCGCGACUUAAAAUCCAAAAAUGUUCUUUUGAACAUGUAUCUGGAGGCCAAGCUGAGCGAUUUCGGCAUUUCUCGGAUGCGUUAUCUGGUCGAGACGCAUAUGACUGCCGGUGUAGGCACGUCGUUCUGGAUUGCGCCUGAGGUUUUACUGGGUCGAGACUAUGAUGAAGCGGCGGAUAUUUUCUCGUUCGGAGUGGUUUUAUCCGAAAUUGACACGGACGAUUAUCCGUACUGGAACGAUGAAAAUCCGUCGAAUCAUGGUAAAAUCCAAGAAGCGGAGAUUUUGAGUUUGGUGGCAGAGGGAAAAUUGCGUCCGAGCUUCUCGAAUGAUUGUCCCAAGGCGAUUGUAGACCUGGCGGACUGUUGUCUGCAGAAAAAUCCAGAAGACCGCCCCACCGCUGCUGAAAUUGUGGUUAUCCUCGAGCACAUGAUCCACGCGUCGGAGCGCAGCUCUUCCUCGCUACACUCGGGAGCCUGGUCAGUCACGAGCUCAAACAUGGGAAACUGA